GUUGACUUUUUAGAGCUUCGAAGAUCGGUCUGAUGGUACACUCCUGGUGAAUCCAACAGUAAAAUCGAUCCCCAAAUCUUCCAUUAAGGUCUCUCUAUCUUCUGGGAGUCUCCCCGAUGGACUUAAUCUUAUGCUUGUUAUUGUUAUUAUCAUCGGUAUUCUUGUACCAGACAUGGGGCUUGGAAGCUCAAACGGGGUCGGAGAUCGGGCCGCCGUUGACUCGUGAGUUGUUGGAGUCGGCGAGGGAUCUUGAGUUCUUCGAGUGGAUGAGAGGGAUUCGGAGGAGAAUUCACGAGUACCCAGAGCUGGGAUUUGAGGAGCACAAGACGAGUGAACUCAUCAGGGCCGAGCUGGACUCUCUCGGGAUUGAGUACAAGUGGCCUGUGGCCAAGACAGGCGUCGUCGCUUCUAUUGGGUCCGGUGGGAAACCAGUUUUUGCUCUCCGAGCUGACAUGGAUGCCCUCCCUCUCCAGGAAUUGGUCGAGUGGGAGCAUAAGAGCAACAUUGAGGGCAGGAUGCACGCCUGUGGUCACGAUUCUCAUGUGGCAAUGCUACUUGGAGCGGCUAGAUUACUCCAAGGGAAAAGAGACCAAUUGAAGGGAACCGUGAAGCUUGUUUUCCAGCCUGGAGAAGAGGGUUAUGCUGGUGCUUACUACAUGUUGCAAGAUGGUGCUCUUGAGGACAUCAACGCCAUCUUCGCAUUACAUGUUCUGCCAUCGAUACCCACUGGCAUUAUUGCUUCAAGGCCUGGUCCAUUUCUUGCUGGUGCUGGGCUCUUUUCAGUCACCAUUAAAGGGAAAGGUGGACAUGCAGCAGCCCCACAUAAGAACAGAGACCCGAUUCUCGCAGCGGCCUUCUCAAUCCUUGCUCUCCAACAAAUUGUCUCUCGAGAGACAGAUCCUCUUGAAACCACAGUGGUGACAGUGAGUUUCAUAGAGGGAGGUAAAGCAGAAAAUGUUAGUCCAGAGACACUGAGAUUUGGUGGAACUUACAGGAGCUUGACCUCUGAAGGUCUCUCCUACAUCCAGCAAAGAAUUAAAGAGGUUAUAGAGGCACAAGCAGCAGUGCAUCGAUGUAGUGCAGUGGUGGACUUCAUGGAAGACACGCCAAUGCCUAUUCCGGUAAUGGUUAACGAUGAAGCAUUGUAUGAAGAUGCAAAGAAAGUUGGAGGGGCGUUGCUUGGGGAACCCAAUGUUCUGCUUGUACCAAUGAGCACAGGAUCGGAGGAUUUCAGCUUCUUCUCACAGAAGAUUGCUGCUACAAUGUUUGGGCUUGGGACAAGGAAUUAUACUCUGAAAUCAGAUCAGCCAUUGCACUCUCCUUAUUUUGUUAUUGAUGAAGAGGCUUUUCCAAUAGGAGCAGCUCUUCAUGCUGCUGUUGCAAUAUCAUUCUUGGAUGGCCAUGUUGUUGAGGCUCAUUGAGUAUUUCAGGAGCUUGGGUUUGUUGUAGUUUCUGUCAAAAUAUGACCAUUUAGAGAAACAAAAAGAUGAUGUCAAGAAAAUCAAUGUAAAUUUCAUAAGAGAGAACAACCAAAAGUGUAUUUUAAUAAUAGCAGUGAAAAAAAAAAAAAAAAAAACUAAAAUUAUGUGAAUAUGUUAGAAUACACCUUGAAGUCUGCCAGGAAGUAAUAAUGGAAUGAUGAGACAAAUUCGAAAAUUGAUUUUGAAAGAAACAAUCCCUAUUGAAUUUCA